AGCUGGCCAGAAAUGCCUCCUCUGCUGCCAGGGCUGGGAUUCCUCCUGCUGCUGCUGGGCUGCCAGGGAGCUGCUGCUGCUGGCACGGAGCUGUGCUCCAGCUCCCCUGUCAAUGAAUCUGCCGUGUGUGCCUCAGUGCCGAGUGCCAGCCAGGAGCAGCUCCUGGAGGUGGCCCGAGGCCAGAGGUCCCCGUGCAGCCUCACCUUUGGCCAACUCGCCUGUGCCCAGGGAGCUUGGCUCCAGGACCUUCAGGAUGAUUUCCUCACUUCCUUAUAUUCCUGCCUGGCCUCUAAACCUAGCACAGCUGUGGAUCCAGAAUAUUCCAUCCUGUUCUUUUCCAAAUAUGAUGCCAGGAAGCUUUUGGCUUCUCUGACUGCGUUCAGCCAGAAGUUUUCCCAGGUGCCCCUUUCCCUGGAGUGGAGCCUGGUUUUCAUCAAUGGUCUGUGGGAGAGGAUGCUCCAAGUGCCUGGAAUUGAGACCCCCCCAGUGCUGUUCCAGUGGCUCCACGAGGGCCUGGAGCCAUUCCUGGUGCAGCCCGAGGUCUUUGGCUGCCUCCGUGCCAAGGAUGUGUCCUGUGAGGAAUUCCAGCUGCUGGUGGCUGCCCUGGAUGGAAUCUAUGGCCAGCUCCCCGUGGAGGAGCAGAGGAAUCUCUACGCUGGGAUCAAGCAUUUCCUCACCCAGGAUGGAUCCAGCCAGAGGUGCUACAGCGAGGCCGUUCCCGGGCUCAAUUCCACCGCCUGGUUUCGGAAUUUCCUGGGCUCCUUUCUGGAGCACGCCACCGUGGAGGACCUGCAGCUUUUUGGGGACGAGGCAAGGCUUCAGAAAUUUGCCAGGGAUCCGGUGAAUAUGGAGAUGGUCGGGAACCUCACCUUGCUCAGGAACACUGCCCUGUACUACACCCUGCUCCUGAGCUCUGCUCCUGCUUUUCCCCUGCCGAGCCUCCCGGACAGGUUCCUUUGUUUCCUGAGCCCCCGGGCGGUGGGGAAGCUGAGCAGGGAGGAGGCUUUGGGGGUGGCCCAGAGGCUCGGGAGGAGCUGCCCCUGGAGCAGGGGGAUGCCCGCAGGGAGAGCUCCCUCCUCGCUGGCACCGCAGGAGCUGCAGGUGGCGUCCUCCCUGCUGAGGAAUUUGGAGGAUUUCUCCCCAGCGGUGCUGGCAGCCCUGGGCCAGGCUGCCCUGGGGCUCUCGGUGUCCAGGAUCCAGGAGAGCAUCCCUGAGGAGCAGCUGGAGGCAGCUCUGCCUGCCCUGGCCAGCGUCCGGGGCUGGAGUGCUGAGCAGGCCAGGGCUGUUGUCAACAAACUGCUCCGCUCUGGCUACCAGAUCCUGGAUGGACGGAGCCUGGCAGAGCUGGGCACGCUGGUGGGCGGCCUCAACAGCAGCACGCUCCGGAGCUUGUCCCCAGAGGUUGUCCUGGAGGCUCUGCAGCUGCCAGGCUUUGCCCGGCACGUGGACGCUCUGCCCGCUGCUCUGAGGAGGAGCCUGGUGGAAAAGGUUUCCUCCAGGGUUGGCCGCCCCGCUGAGCUGGUCAAACUCAUUCCCAACGCUCUGGCCAGCUACAUCCCAAAAUCCCUGCUUGUUUUUGGGGAAGAGGAGCCAAACGUGCAGGAUCUCAACAGCAAACCGUGGAGCAGAGAGCAGGCUGCCAUGUUCUUCAGUGAUGUGGUGAAGGCAGAGCCUGACUUCAGCAGGCUCUCCCAGUCUGUGCUCCAGGGCUUCACCUGUGCAGCUGCCAGCGCUGUGGGGGCAGAGAGGUUCCAGGAGCUGGCCAAGGUCAUGAGGAAGAAGAAGGUCAGGCUGGGCCAGGACCAGCUGAGCUGCUUGCUGAAGUUGGUGACUCUGCAUGGGAUUCCCAAGGAUUGGGACAGUUAUCCCCAAGACCUGCUGCUGUUUUUGAGCCCCUCAGACUAUGCAGCCACAGGGAACUGCAGCCAGUUCUUCACCAACGUUGGGAAGGCAAACGUGGAUGUUCUGCCCAGGGAGGCCCCUCAGAGGCAGCAGCUGCUCCUGGAGGCUCUGGAGUGUCUGAGAAUUCCAGGCACACAGAUAAAUAAGGAGAACGCUGAGAUCCUGGGCUGGCUGGUGUGUGACCUGGGUGGGGAGUACAUCAGGAGUUCUGGGGGCAGUUUGCUGAAGGAUUUGAGCCAGUGUGGAUCUUUCCUGCCUGAGCAAGAAGAGGCCAUCAGGGACGUCCUCAGCAGUGGCAACACCACCUUUGGGCCUCCUGCGGCGUGGUCAGCGUUCACCCUGAGCGAGCUGAGCGGGCUGAUCCCCGUGCUGGAUCCCAGCAUCCUGCAGCAGAUCCCCAGGAAGGCUUUGACCACCUGGCUGAGGAACUUUGCCUGGGAUUCCCCCCUGUCCAGGGAGGAGCUGGCCACCGUCGUCGGGGAGCUCCUGCCCCGCCGGCACAAGCGAGCGGACGGUUGCCCAGCUGAGCUGGAGAUAACAGAGACAAUUCUGAACGAUGAGCUGAUGCCUGCCUACUACACCCCCGAGCAGCUGCGCGCCUGCCUCCGGAAUUCCUCCCUGGAAAAUCACCUCUCCCAGGUCCUCACCUACCCCUUCAGCAACCCCCAGCUGGCUGUGCUGAAGGAAUACCUGGAAGAGAGGUAUCCCGAUGGUUAUCCCGAAAACGUGCUCUCCAGCAUGGGCCCGUUCCUUCCCCUGCUCAGCCCGGAGGAGAUUUCCAGCUGGAAGCUGAGCUCAGCUGACAUGCUGGCUGCAUUCCUGAAAACCCAGCCCCGGCCCUCGGAGUCCCUGGCCUCAGCAGCAAUUAAACGCUACGUGGAGCUGGGCAAUGCCCUGAAUGCCACGGCCCUGGAUGCCAUUGGCACCGAGUACGUGUGCCUGCUGAAUGCCACCCAGCUGAAAGCCAUCGACCCGCCCAGCCUCAGAGUGGUCUCUCUGAAUCCUUCAGCCUGUUCCCAGGAGACGAAGAACCUCUUGUACCAGAAAGCCAAAGAAGCUUUCUCUGACCAGCACCAUUUACCUGCUUACUAUGAGCUGAUUUUACCUUACCUGGAGGGGGCUCCUGCUGCAGAUCUCAAGGUUCUCAGCGAGCACGACGUGAACAUGAACGUGGCCACCUUUGUGACUUUGAGAAGAGACUCGCUGAUGGUGCUGACGCCCCGGGAGGUGCAGGGGCUGCUGGGCGUGCACCUGCCCGAGCUGGCGCGCUGGCAGCGCCGCGCUCCCGUGCGCGACUGGAUCGCGCUGCAGCAGCAGCCGGAGCUGGACGCGCUCCACAUCGGGCUCACGGGGGGCGUGCAGGAGGGCUACAUCAACCUCGUCACCCCCAAAUUCCCAGCACCGUCCUCAGCCCCUCUGGGGACCGUGGCCAUGGUGUUCCACCUCCUGCCUGCCCUGUUCCUCAGUUUCCUCAUGGUGUCCAUCCUGUCUUGACCAUCUCCUCC